AUGGGUCUCUACAAAAGUCUUCCAGAGGAAAUUCGAGAAGUCGACAUUCUUGUAGUAGGGGGCGGCGCCGCUGGAUGCAUUGUUGCCGGAAGACUGGCCGAGGCGGACCCAAGCCUUUCUGUUCUGGUCGUUGAGAGCGGCCCGGACAACUAUGGCGACCCGGCCGUGGUGGUUCCAGCAUUCUGGCUGUCACACAUGGACCCGAAUGACAAGUUCAUUUUGCCGUACAAGUCGAGCGCGUCAAGCUACCUUGCUGGGAGAGAGGUCGUGGUGCCUACAAGCCGUGUCCUAGGCGGAGGUUCGUCCGUGAACAUGCUCUUGUAUAGCCGACCGCAACGUUCCGAGCUGGACGCCUGGGGAACUCCAGGUUGGUCGGCUGACGAGAUACUGGAGUAUAUGAACAAGCUUGAGUCCUACCAUGGCCCAGGUCUGAAAGAGCGCCAUGGUCACGACGGGCCCAUCUAUGUAGGGCCCGGCAACUAUCGCUCUUCGAAGCUCGAGAGCGAUUUUAUCAACUCAACGAGCCGUUGCGGAUGGCCAGAGGUGGAGGAUAUUAACAAUCUAGACACUAUCAAUGGCUCGAUGCGCGCUCUGCGAUACGUCAGCCCUGACGGCAAGCGCGAGGAUGUAGCACACAAAUACCUGCACCCUAAAUUACGAAGCGAUAAGUUCCCGAACCUCCAUGUCCUUGUUGAGACUGACAUAGAACGUGUUUUAUUUGACGAUGAGAAACAUAUAACCGGUGUAACUUUUCGUCCAUGUCCAAAAUUUCAGCCAGACAGGGAAGGGGAACCAGUCAGGAGCAUCAAAGUGAGAAAGACGGUCGUUCUGUCGGCAGGAGCCCUCGGGACGCCUGGGAUUCUAGAGAGAUCCGGAAUCGGCAGCCCUAGGAUUCUGGAACGCGCCCAAAUUCUACUCGUGGCUACAGUGCCCGGGGUAGGGGAGAAUUACCAGGACCAUCAUAUUAUGCUGUACCCCUACAAGGCCAAUCUCGGACCACAUGAGACCAUGGACGAACUCCUCGGUGGGCGCCUUGAUGUAGGGGAACUGAUAUCCAAGAACGAUCCGAUCCUUAGUUAUAACGGGGUAGACGUCCAAUGUAAGCUUCGGCCCAGCACUGCCGAUGUCGUCUCCCUAGGGCCCGAAUUCGAGGCGGCGUGGAACAAGGACUUCAAAGACUACCCAGAUAAGCCCAUGAUGAUCAUAUCUCCUGUUGCCUGUUUCCCGGGCGAUCCCUCCUCGGUACCAGUGGGUCAAUAUUUUGGGAUCGCGACCUUCAGUCUUCACCCCUACUCCCGUGGCCGCAUCCAUAUCUCAGGUCCUGAUAUAAGCGAUGAGAUCUUCAUGGAUGCCUGGGCGGACCCAAAUGAGCUCGAUUUGAAGAAACAUGUUUGGAUGUACAAGAAGCAGCGCGAGAUUGUCCGACGAAUGGAUGCAUUCGAUGGUGAGAUAGCGGCCGGCCACCCGCAGUUUCCCAGUGGAUCCAAGGCUGCCACGGCCGACACGAAAGCCAAAGCAGCACAAGACGUCUAUUAUACGUCCGAGGACGACAAGGCGAUUGAGAAUUGGCUGAGGGACCACGUCGCCAGCUGCUGGCAUUCGAUGGGCACCUGCAAGAUGGCGCCUUUUGAUGACGGCGGUGUCGUAGAUCCGAAUCUCAAUGUUUAUGGGGUCCGAGGACUGAAGGUCGCGGACCUCAGCAUCGUCCCUAGCAACUUGGGAGCCAAUACCUGUAGCACGGCGAUGGCUAUCGGCGAGAAGGCCGCCGAUAUCGUUAUUCAGGAACUUGGCAUUGCAAGAUAG